CAAGCUCCCGCGACGCAAAAAUGAAGUUCCUGACAUCAAUUCUCGGCUCUGAACGUGAUCGUGCAGCCAAAAAGCGUCGAAGUCUCGAAGUGAACCUGCACCGCCUCGAAGAGAAGGCUUUCCUCUUGGAAAUGGAGCUCGAAGAGACCAGAAGACAAAAAGAAAAAGUGAUCAAAGAGCUCCGCAACGGGCUCCCAGUUCGCCACGUGUCAACAGUCAGCGUCUCGUCGACCGAUAUGUCCUUCAACACGGAUUCCUCGAAUGUCACCGAUCAUUAUUGUGGACUUCCGAUCGAUUCGAGCACGCCGAAGGAGACCUCUAAGAGAGAUUUUCAGCAAAAACACGAGCAAUAUGCCGAAGAAGAGGGGGAGCGUGCAAAAUGGCAAAGCUCUGCGAAACUCGGCGAGAAAUCGGAAAAAUCAGAGAAAUCUAUCGAAAAGUACUAAUUUGAUCUACUAAUUUUUAUUCGCACUUUUAAUUUUCUUGUCAAAUUUGUGUAAAAAGCGAUUUUCAGAGUAAUGAAGGCUUACAGAUGACUAC